GGAACCAACUUUUUAGCCAACUUGAUCAACUCCUUUGAGGAUUUUUCUGACAAAAUCGACUUGAUCAUUCUUCAAUUCUGCUUUGCAGUAAAACAAUAUAGCCUGUUAUUUGAAUCACGACAAUUGUGUGAAUAAUAUCUAAUCAGCUUUGCUCUGAUGAUGAUAAUCAAAGCAAAACUCUACGUUGAACUGUGCUGAACCAUUUAUCGUUUUAAGUUCUCCUUACAUAGCGCUACCAUCAAGCUACAUCUUCACAGCACUUUGAGCUUCUUUUCUUCUUUCUUGCUGAUUCUACAGUGCAAUAUACACACUUUUUCCUCUCUUUUUUUUCUUACUUUUACUAAAUUGUUUUUUUUUGUGGGUUUGCACAGUUGUAUAUAUUGUUUUGCUGCUCAAAAUGUCUGAGUUUCAACGAAAAAUAUUUCAAAGAAAAUUGCUUGAAGCCGAAAUGGCUUUGGGUUUUAACAUGAAUGAAGGAUUGGAAGAAGACGACGAUGAAGCUGAUCAAGAAUCCAAUCAAAAUACCCAUCCAAGAAUCAAACACCAGAACAUAAAUAAAGAACUGGAUGUCUCUGGUAAUGGCAAUUCACAAUUAAACAAAAAGGAAGGCCAUUCGUUUUCUCCUCCUUUUGCAAAGGAUGCUUCUUUUCCUUCAACAACCUCUUCUCCUUUAAUCAAAUCUUCUUUAUCUCAAAAUAAUAACACUAUCAAUUUUCAAUUAAUGCAACUUUCAAAACACAAGAACUUGAACAAAAGCAUAAGCAAGAACACAAACCAAAUGCUGAAACUAAAUCUCAACUCCAACUUCGAUGCAAAAUGUUGGAGCGAAUUUUUUGAAAGAAAUGAGGUAUUUACUGAUCCAUCGAAUAACAAUGAAUUUCAAACUUACUAUACUCCUCCACAAAAUAGAAAAUCUCCUUUAUUUAUAUUCCAUCAUGGUGCAGGCUCUUCUGGGUUGACUUUUGCAAUGCUUUGCAAACAGAUCAAACAAAACAUGAUCCACGAUAACAAUCUCUCAAUAAAGAAUAAUAAUGGAUUGGAAAAUGAUAAAACUGUGAAAAAAGACAGCAGUAUUGAUAAAAAUCAUGUUAAUUCUAACACUGAUAUCAAUGGAAAUGUUAAUGAUCCUGUUGCUGGGUUUUUCUCUUUUGACGCUAGAGGCCAUGGAGAUACAAAAGUGAUAGAUAACAAUUAUUCCCUAACUUCUUUUAUUACUGAUUUCAUUUUUAUAUUUAAAACAUUGAUAUCGAAAGAACCUUUAUUCAAGAAUCUUUUAUUCGAUAUUGAGAAUGACACUUUCGAAAAUUCAGAUUAUCCACCAAUUAUUUUAGUUGGUCAUAGUUUCGGCGGUUCAGUAUUGACCAAAUCUCUUACAAACAUUGAAUUGCAACCCUUUACUAAAAACAACAUUAUCAAAGGUUUAGUCAUGUUUGACAUAGUGGAGGACACUGCGGUUAAGGCUUUGAGUGGAAUGACACACUUUUUGAAAAGAAGACCAAAGGGAUUUAACACAGUGAAAGGUUGUAUAGAUUGGCACUUAAAAUCCAACUUAUUACAUAAUAAGCAAUCUGCAUUGAUUUCAAUUCCUGCAUUGAUUAAAGAAUCACUCAUCACCACUUCAAUAAAUACUUCGCAUUUAUCUGCGAUGGAUGCAAUGAAUCUUUUAAAACAACAAAGUAAAAACUCUGUUUUUGAUAACCAAAAUACUAAUUUUAAAUACGUAUGGAAAAGCGAUCUCCUAAAAACUGAACCUUUUUGGGGUGAUUGGUUUAAAAAUCUCUCAAAUGAUUUUGUUUCAGCUCCAGUUCAAUCAAAAUUGUUAAUAUUGGCAGGUAACGAUUCUUUAGAUAAAAAUUUGAUGAUUGGUCAAAUGCAAGGAAAAUUUCAAUUGAUUGUUUUCUUAGAAAGUGGUCAUUUCUUGCAUGAAGAUUUACCAAAUAAAACUGCUUUGAGUUUAAUCGAUUUUUGGAAGAGAAAUUUCAAUAACCCAAAAUUAAAAAUCCCUGUGUUAUGGGGCAAGAUGAGAUCCUAAUCUAUUUUAUUUAAAUUAUUUCUCUCGAACAUGAGAUUUUGUAAUAAUUGUCUAUUUUUAAAAUAUAUCUUCAUUAUACAUUUUUUUUUUUAUUUUUAUUUUAAUUUUUAUGUUUAUC